AGGCUGCCGGUGUUUCUGUCAAAGGACAGCAGGAAGACAGCUGUUCACAUGCAACGCAGUCGAGCGCCCUUGACAAAGGACGCGUCCCGUGUGGAGCUGGGCGUUUCGGGAGGCUUCCAGAGCAAAGACCUUGUUCACAUUAAACCCAAGGGACUGUCACUGAUAGACACCGGCUGGGACUCUCCUGCUUGUAAGUGAAGGCAGUUUGAGCAGAACCAAGCGGCCAUGGCCCCACGCAAGCGUCACGCCCGAGGCCUUUCCUUCGUCCUCUGCUGCUUUCAUUCCAACGACCACCCGGAGAUCACCUACCGCUUGCGACAGGACAGCGACCCCAUCCUGCAGGCCCUGGAGCCCAACCUGCCCAUGCCGCCUAGUGAGGAAGAGCUGGACGGCAUGUUUUCUGAGCUGGUGGAUGAGCUGGAUCUCACAGACAAACACCGAGAAGCCAUGUUUGCCCUCCCAACUGAAAAGAAGUGGCAGAUAUACUGCAGCAAGAAGAAGGAGCAGGAGGAACAUAAAGGAGCGACCAGCUGGCCUGAGUACUACAUUGACCAGCUUAACACCAUGGCUGCUAGGAAGAGUCUGUUCACUCUUGAAAACGAAGAUGUAGAGGAGAGAAAGAAGACCAUUGAAAACCUGAGGACAGCUUUGCGGACACAACCCAUGAGGUUUGUGACCAGGUUCAUUGACCUUGAUGGUCUGACCUGCGUCCUGAACUUCCUAAAAAGCAUGGACUACGAAAUCGCGGAGUCGCACAUCCACACCUCGCUGAUAGGCUGCAUAAAGGCAUUGAUGAACAACUCCCAGGGCCGUGCCCACGUGCUCGCCCAUCCGGAGAGCAUCAACAUCAUUGCUCGGAGCCUGAGUACGGAGAACGUCAAGACCAAGGUGGCGGUGCUGGAGAUCUUGGGAGCUGUCUGCCUGGUGCCCGGUGGCCACAGGAAGGUCCUGGAGGCCAUGCUGCAUUUCCAGAAGUUUGCUUAUGAGAGAACACGCUUCCAGACUCUGCUCAACGACCUCGAUAGGAGCAUCGGCCGGUACAGGGAUGAGGUGAACCUGAAAACGGCCAUCAUGUCCUUCAUCAACGCUGUGCUGAGCCAGGGAGCUGGAGAGGCCAGCUUGGAGUUCCGUGCCCACCUGCGAUACGAGUUCCUCAUGCUGGGCAUCCAGCCCAUUAUAGAUAAACUUCGUUCUCACGAAAAUUCUACACUUGAUCGGCAUUUGGAUUACUUCGAGAUGCUGAGAAACGAUGACGAGCUCGCGUUAUCGAAACGUUUCGAUGCCGUGCACGUCGACACCAAAAGUGCGACUCAAAUGUUCGACGUCAUCAAAAAGAAGAUGAGUCACACGGAUGCUUAUCCCCACUUUCUCUCCAUCUUACAACACUGUCUUCUCAUGCCUCAUAAGAGGUGUGGGAACACGGUGCAGUACUGGCUGCUCCUGGACCGCAUCAUGCAGCAGAUGGUCCUGCAGAACGACAAGGGUCACGACCCUGAUGUUACGCCGUUGGAGAACUUCAACAUUAAGAAUGUGGUUCGAAUGCUGGUCAAUGAAAAUGAGGUGAAACAGUGGAAAGAGCAGGCGGAGAAAAUGCGGAAAGAGCACCAGGAGCUGCAAGUGAAGCUGGAGAAGAAGGAGAGGGAGUGUGACGCCAAGACGCAGGAGAAGGAAGAAAUGAUGCAGACACUCAACAAAAUGAAGGAAAAGUUGGAGAAGGAGACCAGCGAACACAGGGUGGUCAAGCAGCAGGUGGCUGAUCUCUCAUCCCAGUUGCAAAAUCUCUGCACGAGGCAGCACAUCGUGAUUCCCGGUGGACCUCCCCUUAUCUCAACUGCUCCAGGAGCCCCCACGCCAGUACCCCCACCUCUUCCUCCUCCAAGCGGGAUACCACCUCCACCUCCACCUGGUGGUGUACCGCCCCCACCUCCGCCCCCUCCGCCCCCUCCAGGUGGACCCCCACCUCCUCCUACUUGUCCACCACCCUUUGGUGUCACCAUUCCACCUGGCGCACCCACAAAGCCUGCUCUCCAGAAGAAGAACACACCCCAGCCCUCCAACCCCCUGAAAUCCUUCAACUGGGCCAAGCUCUCUGAGAAUAAACUUGAGGGCACAGUUUGGGCUGAAGUUGAUGACCAAAAGGUUUUCAAAGUCCUUGACUUGGACGAUAUUGAGAAGACUUUCUCUGCCUACCAGAGGCAGCAGGAUUUCUUACUGCUCAGUAACAGCAAACAGAAAGAGGCUGAAGAAGACCCUGUGUACUCUAAAAAAAUGAAAGAACUGUCUGUCAUUGAUGGCCGCAGAGCCCAAAACUGCAACAUACUUCUCUCUCGGUUGAAGCUUUCCAAUGAAGAGAUAAAGAGGGCCAUAUUGACCAUGGAUGAGCAAGAAGAUCUCCCAAAAGACAUGCUUGAACAGAUGCUGAAGUUUGUCCCUGAAAAGAGUGAUGUGGACCUUCUGGAGGAGCACAAGCAUGAGCUGGACCGCAUGGCCAAAGCUGACCGCUUCCUUUUUGAAAUGAGCAGAAUUAAGCACUAUCAACAAAGACUGCAAGCACUAUACUUCAAAAAGAAGUUUAUGGAGAGGAUUGCUGAAAUGAAGCCAAAAAUUGAAGCUCUGACUAAGGCCUCCAAGCAAGUCCUGCACAGUCACAACCUACAGCAGCUUUUGGAGGUUGUGCUGGCCUUUGGUAACUACAUGAACAAGGGUCAAAGGGGCAAUGCUUAUGGCUUCAAGGUGUCGUCGCUCAACAAGAUUGCCGACACCAAAUCCAGCAUCGACAAGAACAUCACUCUGUUGCACUAUCUGAUCACCAUCCUGGAGAAGAAGUAUCCCAAAGUCCUGCUUUUCCAAGGCGACCUUCAUAAUGUGGCGGAGGCUGCUAAAGUCAGCAUGACUGAGCUGGAAAAAGAGAUGAACAAUCUGCGAAGUGGGCUGAGCAAUGUGGAGAGUGAGCUGGAGUUCCAGAAGAAACAGACACCAGAAUCAGGGGACAAGUUUGUGUCUGUGGUCAGUCAGUUUGUCACUGUGGCAAGUUUCAGCUUCUCCGACGUAGAGGAUUCGCUUCAAGAAGCCAAAGAUUUGUACCUUCGGGCCUUAAGGCACUUUGGUGAGGAUGAUGGAAAGAUGCAGCCGGAUGAAUUCUUUGGUAUCUUCGACCAGUUCCUUCAAUCCUUUGCAGAGGCCAAGCAGGAGAACGAAAAUUUGCGGCGGCGCAAAGAGGAGGAACAGCGGCGAGCACAAAUGGAGGCCCAGCUGAAGGAGCAACGGGAAAAGGAAAGAAAGGCCCGCAAGGCAAGGGAGAAUGGUGAGGAGGAUGGCGAAUUCGAUGACCUAGUCUCUGCACUGCGCUCUGGUGAAGUUUUCGACAAGGAUCUGUCAAAGAUGAAGCGUAAUCGUAAGCGCAUCAACAACCAGAUGACGGAGAUGGGCAGCAGGGAGAGACCAGUCACCAAGCUGAACUUCUAAAACAAUGUCCGUCCAUGCCUGGCCAAAUCACAUGUGUCUGCUGAGGUCAACUCUACUGAGACUGCUGUCUUUUACUCUACGCCUUUCCAUUUUGUGUAUCUAAAAGCAAACUGAACCAUAAACAUUCUGGUACACCAUCCAAGGGUGUCUUUCCUCAUACCCUACGCUUCUGAAAUUGGCUUUGGACCACUGCGACCAUGCAUUGGACAAGCAGUUGAGAGGAAAACAAAUAUAACACACAUAUACACGCUGAAGAAGCACAACAUUACAGCCAUUUAUAUCAAGGUAAAGCUUCAAUAUGCACAAAAAAUCCUCAAAAAAGAUGGACAUAAUGA